GCUCCAUCGCUGCGUAUCGCUGCUCUCCCCGCUUUCGUGCCCACUCGCUGUGAUACUUUCAGGGUACUCCUACGCUCGUCGGCUGAUACGGUAUUGCAAGUAAGCAGAAAAGAAGCAGGUUCACAGCAUGUCGUCCCCGUUCUCGAUAAACGGCGGUGCCUGCGUGGCCAUGGUCGGCAAGGACUGCGUGGCCAUUGCGUGCGACCUGCGACUCGGCAUGCAGGCGCUGACGGUGUCCAACAACUUCCCCAAGGUGUUCCAGUACGGCGACGUCUUCCUGGGGCUGACGGGGCUGGCGACCGACGUGGCCACGGUGUCGGACCUGUUCCGCUACAAAGUCAACAUGUACCGGCUGCGCGAGGAGCGCAACAUCUCGCCGCAGACCAUGGCCAACCUCGUCUCGUCGUCGCUGUACGAGAAGCGCUUCGGCCCGUACUUUGUCAGCCCCGUGAUCGCCGGCAUCAACCAGACAACGGGGAAGCCGUUCAUCUGCGGCUUCGACAGCAUCGGCUGCAUCGACUUUGCCAAGGACUUCAUCGUCAGCGGCACCGCCAGCGACCAGCUGUUCGGCACAUGCGAGGGCCUGUGGGAGCCGGAUCUGGGCCCAGAGGACCUCUUCGAGACGGUCUCGCAAGCGCUGCUCAACGCCGUCGACCGCGACGCGCUGUCCGGCUGGGGCGCGCACGUCUACAUCAUCGAGAAGGACAAGGUCACCAAGCGGUUACUGAAGGGCAGGCAGGACUGAGCGGGCGUGGUGCGGUGGCUACGACUGAUACGACUGGGGCCGCGCGGGUGCGAUGGCACGCCGGCGUCGAGCUUCACAUUACGACAUGACUGCAUGGUACGGUAUCGCAUAUGCUGUGCGUGCACAGGGUAGAGAUCAAUGAGAAGUCUGCUACUCAUGAGGUGUGUGAUGUGCGUGAGCGAGUGUAAAGCGACGUGAAGCCAGCGUGCAACUGCAAUGUCUUGAAAUGUUCUGUUCAAUCUAUUCAUCGG